GGUGUGGUUGGUUGCACGCCUGACUGAUUUGACUGAUUGGGGGCGGUCACCCGCUCCUUAGAUAGUCAGAUGCUGGGCUUCUUUCUUGAUCUGUUGUCGAUGCAAUGUCGCCCAUCGCUUGGAUCUGGUUCGUUUCGCUUUUCUUGACGCAUUUAAUGCCCCCCCUUGAGUUACUGCCUCCAUGUUCUGCGCGCUAGAUGUGGAUGCGAUGCUCUGCCUAGCUCAUGUGAUUCCGGUGUUCCUCCUCCACCGCAACCGAAGGACCUCUUCUUUCCAAGGGAGAAGGGGAGAGAGGGCUUCGUGAUUCUGCAGCUGUUCCAGAUGCCGAGGAACUCGAUUAAGGCAGUGAGUAGUCUUGCUAGAUUUUGGAUAAGGUGAAGUAAGGCUUGGGUGUCCUCUCAGAUUUGCAUUCGUGCAAGUCUACAUGACCAGCAUGUCUGUCGAGGCUGCAGAGCAGAAUGUGCCUGGACACCAGGUCAAACCAGGGGUUGAUCCAGUUCCUGCAAAGGAGAAGAAGAAAGAUGUGGACAGCACGCCCGAGCUUACUGCUAAGGAGAUUUUGGAGGAGCAAAAGCCCUCCCAUCGGCGGCAAGAGUCUUCUGCAUCUAUGAUGGACAAGGGUCCUUCCAGUGUUUGCUCAGACUCUGGUGUCCUGGACGAGCCGCUAACCCAGCAAGGCGAUUCUGGGGAGCUGAAAGAUGUUCAGAGCUUGGAUUGCAACGGUAACCAGGAGAAGAAUACAUCUCAGAAGAGCAGCAUAAGCGAGAGCUUUGUUUCAGCCAAAGCCAGCGAUGGGACAAACAGCCUGAGGAAGACCAGUGGCAGUGCUAAGAUCAGCGACCGAGCUGAUAUUCCGGAGAGUGGGAAGAGCAGCAUGUGCCGCCCGAGUGCAAGCAGCAACAUUAGUGAUGAGAGCUCGUGCAGUAGCAUGAGCAGCAACACAACAAAGCCGCACAAGGGGAGUGAUUCUAGGUGGGAAGCCAUCCGAGUGAUCAGAUCAAGGGAUGGCAUUCUUGGUUUGAGCCAUUUUAGGCUGCUGAAGAAGCUGGGUUGUGGUGAUAUUGGCAGCGUGUACCUCUCUGAACUGAAUGGCACAAAGAACCACUUUGCCAUGAAGGUCAUGGACAAAGGGUCUUUGGCGAGUCGCAAGAAGCUUCUUCGAGCACAGACAGAGCGGGAGAUACUGCAGUCACUGGACCAUCCGUUUCUUCCAACACUAUAUACCCACUUUGAGACAGAUAAAUUCUCAUGUUUGGUGAUGGAGUUCUGCCCAGGAGGGGACCUGCACACUCUUCGACAAAGGCAGCCUGGAAAGUAUUUUUCUGAGCAAGCAGCCAAGUUCUAUGUAGCAGAAGUUCUACUUGCACUGGAAUACCUGCAUAUGCUCGGUAUUAUAUACCGUGAUUUGAAGCCAGAGAACGUCCUUGUUCGGGAGGAUGGGCACAUCAUGCUGUCUGAUUUUGACCUCUCCCUUCGUUGCGAUGUAAGCCCUACUGUUGUCAAGUCUUCCAAUCCUGGACCAGAUGCCCUGCAGAGGAACAACCAAGCAUACUGUGUUCAGCCUGCUUGUAUUGAGCCGUCCUGCAUCCAGCCAGCAUGUGUCGCUCCAACUACUUGCUUUGGUCCCCGGUUUUUCUCCUCCAAGUCCAAGUCCAAGAAGGAGAAGAAACCAAAGCCAAAGCCUGAGAUUGUCAACCAAGUUAGCCCACUGCCUGAGCUCAUUGCGGAGCCAACUGAUGCUCGUUCCAUGUCGUUUGUUGGCACCCAUGAGUACCUGGCGCCAGAAAUAAUCAAGGGAGAAGGUCAUGGCAGUGCAGUGGACUGGUGGACUUUUGGUAUAUUCCUGUAUGAACUCCUGUUUGGUAAGACCCCUUUCAAGGGAUCAGGAAACCGGGCUACUCUCUUCAAUGUUGUUGGUCAGCCCCUUCGAUUCCCAGAGUCCCCAAUUGUGAGUUUCUCAGCUAGGGACCUGAUAAGAGGAUUGCUGGUCAAGGACCCACAGCAUCGUCUUGGCUACAAGCGAGGGACUACUGAGAUUAAGCAGCACCCAUUCUUUGAGGGUGUCAACUGGGCACUGAUACGGUGCGCGAGCCCUCCAGAUGUACCAAAGCCUGUUGAGCUGGAUCGCCCACCGAAGCCGGCCCCAGCUAAUGAUAAGGCGACUCCAGCUGCCAAUCAGAAGGGCACAGAUAACUUUCUGGAGUUUGAAUUCUUCUAGCAUUUUUUUUCCUUUAUCUUUUUGAAUGUGGGUUCGUGCAUGCAAGCUGGUGUAUAAAAGGAGGAAGAUCAGUUCGGAGGCGUAUCCUGUGAUGACCAGUGAUGAUCCGUUGUAGGCUGUAGCUCUAUUCUAAGUCUUGUUCUUUCUUCUGUUGAACUGCUUAUGAUCCAAUUUAUACGGGUCAAUGUUGCAAUUUUUAGAGAAUCUUGUGGUGCUUAAAGGACGCAGGGAAAUACUUUCACCCUGUCAUUGUAAAUCCUGUUUGAUUUGGCAUAAAUUGCAGCUGAAUUUUCUUCUUUGAGCA